AACAUAUAGCUCUCCAACCACAGCCACCAAAAACUCCAUUCCUUUCGAUUCAUACAUUAUCCUAGAGAAAUAUUUUUCAUAUUUUCUUUUUACAAAUUAAAUUUCUAAUCAGUGAAGAAAAUGGCUGAGAAGACAAAUCAGCAAGUGUACCCUUUGGCACCAUCAAAUGGGAAUCCCAGAAGUGAUGAAGAAUCCAACACUUUGCAAUCCAAGGAGCUCAAGAAAAAGAAAAGGAUCAAGUUGGCUAUAUAUAUUGCUGCUUUUGCUGUGUUUCAGACCAUUUUCAUCUUGGUCUUUGCUCUCACUGUGAUGCGUGUUAGGACCCCUAAGGUCAGGUUGGGCACUGAUGUCACGUUCAGCAAAUUGAACACUGACAAUAAUGAGACAUCGCCUUCCUUUGACAUAACCUUCAUAGCCCAAGUUAGGGUGAAGAACACAAAUUUUGGUCCCUACAAGUAUGAUAGCACCACUGCCAAUUUCAAAUUCCAGGACGUGAACGUGGGGCGAGUCACUAUUCCAGAGGGAAAAGCUGGUCUACGUUCCACCAAAAAAGUUAGUGUCACGGUAAAUGUGAAUUCAGAUGCAUUGAAAAUCACGUCAAGUAAUCUUGGAAAUGACUUUAAAAAUGAGGUCUUGACUUUGAAUGGCCAGGCCAAGUUUACUGGGAAAGUUGAAUUGAUGUUUGUGAUGAAGAAGAAGAAGGCCACAGAAAUGAAUUGCACGAUGGUUAUCAAUUUGACCUCCAAGGCACUCAAAGAUUUGAUCUGCGAAUGAUGACAUAAUUAAGCUGCUUUUGUUUUGCCAGAAGAAAUACAAUAUGGGACACCUUUUUUAUUGCUACUCUCUGAUAUAGUUUUUUUUUUGAGAAUGGACUCUCUGAUAUAGUGGUUUACCGCUUUUUUUAUUAUUAUUA